UUUAAACUAGUUGUACAGUUAUAAAAGUGUCACCACCAGAAACCGGCAAUUGAAGCGCGUUUAUUUGCAGUGAAUUAGUUUUGUUUUUUGGCAUUGUUUUACCUAAUUAAAGUUGUGAUGCAAUGGAGACCCGGCUGGAAGUGCGCUUGCGGGAGCCGAAUCCAUUGUUCACCCGUUGGCUGGAGCGCUGGCUGCGCGAAGCGGAGCGCCGAGAACAGAAGUCCCAGUUUAGCCUGCGCCAGGCGCUGGAGUCCCUAAAAAGCUACCCGCUGCCAUUGGCCAGCGGACGAGACUGCUCCAUUCUGCGCGGCUUUGGGGGCACCCUCUGCCAGCUAAUCGACGAGGAACUUCGCCAUCACAGAGGCCUCCGAUUGCUGCCCCAGGAGGCCGUGUUUCAGGAGCGCUACGAGCAGCAGGUCCAGGCGGUCGUACGCAAGGUUCAGGAGAAGCAGCUGGAACACCAGAAACGCCAGAAAAAAAGCGACAGGCCCAGGAAGCCAACCAAAAAAGAUCUGGCGGAGCUGGCAGCCCAUGAAGAGCGGGAGCGCGUCGUGGAAAUGAAACCGGGUCAAUUCCAGUUGCUCCUUUUGGUGGAUACUCAGGAAACCAGUGGCAAAAACAAGAAAGUUCUGGACCAGACGAGGAGCUACUUGGAUUCCUUGGAAGCCCGUCAUGAAGUGCGUCGCCUAACAAUAGGCGAUUUCCUUUGGGUGGCCCAGGAUCAAGAGGGCAAUGAACUGGUUUUACCCUACAUUGUGGAGCGCAAGAGGAUGGAUGACCUGGCAUCGAGUAUACGGGAUGGUCGCUUCCACGAACAGAAGCACAGGUUGCAGCACUGCGGCCUGCAGCACAUCAUCUACCUGGUCGAGGAUUAUGGCGACAACGAGCAGCUGGGUCUACCACUGGAUUCUUUGCAGCAGGCUCUGACCAAUGCCAAAGUUCAAACUGGUGUCCGAGUAGUGCGCACGGCGAAUCAUUACCGAUCCAUGAGCUAUUUAGCCGGAAUGAGUCGCUCCCUUGGCCAGAUAUUCGCCGGCAAGAAGUUGCACAGCGUGGAUCGCGGGGCCCUUGACCAAUCCACCUGCCUGCUCACGAAUUCCGACCUGGGGUUGCUCAAGUUUCGGGCGCUCUAUGAGGAUUCCGCCAAGAAUGCCCAGCUCACAGUGCGCGAGGUUUUCGUGCAACAGUUGCUACAGCUGCAUUCCCUCUCCCUCGAACGAGCCAUGGCUAUUGUGGAACGAUACCCCACCCCACGCUGCCUGCUGGACGCAUACGCUGAAUGUGCAGACCAAAAGCAGGCCAGGCUACUCCUCGCCAGCAUCCCGUGUGGACCCCUGGAACGUCCACUAGGCGACAAAAUCAGUCAGUGCCUACACGAAUUCUACAGCACUCACUUUCGUUAGGAUUAGCAAUUGAU